AUGGCAGCCGUUAUUCAAGCUGAUAGGUUCCUAAUCACUGUGCUUAAACGUGGCUUUGCUUCGAAGAAAGCUGUGAAGGGUGUUGCUGCAGUCGCACGAACACGCGAGAUUCCUGUGGAGACUGAUACGAAUAUGUUGGUGAAUUAUUGCUGUAUAAAUUAUCGGAUUGACGACAAGCCGAUUCCUCUAAAGCCUGAUAGUGAAUAUCCUGAAUGGUUGUGGUCAAUCAGAACGUCUAGACGACCGCCACCACUUUCUGAAAUAAAUCCUGAUUCUUACUAUUACUGGCGACGUCUUCGUCGACUUUACAACCGAUACUUAAAUAACGUUGCUGGUAUGGACGGUUGGCAUCGUCGAGAACAUCGUGAUCCUCGGUCCCACUCCGAGAGAGCGUACGGCGAUCUGUUUUACGCACUCAAUAAGUGGUCUUCAGAAAAGGCCUCCCAAUCAUAA